CGCCGGGGUCCUGCCGGCGCGUGGGGGCGGCUCUCCGCCGGGACGCGCGCCUUCCCGGCCCAGAUAAGGCGGCCGUGGAGCCGCGCCGGGGACCGCCCAGCGGAGCCCGCUGCGGUCAGGCGUCCCGGGCCGGCCGCGCGGCUCUGGGGGACUCGGGCUGAGCGCAGAGGGCGCGGCGGAGCCGGGGGCCUUUGGGCGAGUGGAUAGGUCUGGAAGCUGACAUGCAGCACAGUCGCCUUCUCUCCUGGCAGCAGACUCUCGAGCCAAGAAGUACGCCCGCCCCGAGUUUGGUGUUUGUGUCUGCGUCUCCAAGGUCAAGGAAUUAGCUCCUUAGAAGGCAACAGUACUAUGCAUGUUAUGAAUUGUGUCUCCCUGGCCAGCGAUAAGGAAAAUGGGACUCUCGCCACGCUUGCGGCUGCAUUCAUGACUGGGCACGCGGCACCCUCUGGGGCCCCCCCACCGCCACCUCCGCCGCCUCCACCUCCACCUUGUCCGCAUUCAGGGGAGGGCUUCCCCCUCUCCCCUCCUCCUCCUCUGCCGCCUCCACUUCCUGGGGGACCUCCCGCCCCCCCUCCUCCUCCGGGACUACCCCCAGUGUCUCACGUGAAUGGCCACAGCUCCCUGGGAAAGAAGACACGGAUGCGAAGCUUUUUCUGGAAAACCAUUCCAGAGGAGCAAGUUCGAGGCAAGACUAACAUCUGGACCUUGGCGGCCAAGCAGCAGCAACACUACCAGAUCGACAAGAAGACCAUCGAGGAGCUCUUCGGGCAGCAGGAAGACACGUGCAAGGCUUCUCUCCCCAAGAGGGGAGGCGCUUUGACGUCGUCCUUCAGAGAUGCCCGGGAAGAAAUUACCGUCUUGGACGCAAAGCGAAGUAUGAACAUUGGGAUAUUUCUUAAGCAGUUUAAAAAGUCUCCUCAGUCCAUCGUAGAAGAUAUCCAUCAUGGGAAGAGUGAGCAUUACGGAUCAGAGACGCUGUGGGAAAUCCUUAAGCUUUUGCCGGAGUCAGAAGAGGUAAAGAAGUUAAAGUCAUUUAACGGCGAUGUGUCCAAGCUCUCGCUGGCAGAUUCAUUUCUGUACUGCUUGAUUCAGGUGCCAAACUAUUCGCUUCGGAUCGAAGCCAUGGUGCUAAAAAAGGAGUUCAUGCCAUCUUGCUCUUCUCUGUACAAAGACAUAACGACUCUAAGGACGGCUACCAAAGAGCUGAUGUCGUGUGCGGAGCUGCAUUCGAUAUUACACUUGGUGCUGCAGGCUGGGAAUAUCAUGAAUGCAGGAGGGUAUGCUGGCAAUGCCGUGGGAUUUAAGCUGUCUUCUUUACUCAAAUUGGCGGACACAAAAGCCAACAAGCCUGGGAUGACCCUUCUGCAUUUUGUCGCUCAGGAAGCCCAGAAGCAAGACGCCGUCCUUCUAAACUUUUCUGAGAAGUUGCAGCAUGUGCAGGAGACGUCAAGAUUGUCCCUGGAUGUCACCGAGGCGGAGCUGCGCUCGCUCUUUGUCAGGACAAAGUCACUGCAGGAGAACAUCCAGAGGGACCAGGAGCUGUGUCAGCAGUUACAAGACUUCCUCCAGUUUGCUGUGGACAAGCUGGCAGAGCUGGACCUCUGGAAACGGGAGCUGCAGGGCGAGGCUCACACCCUCAUAGAUUUUUUUUGUGAAGACAAAGAAACCAUGAAACUGGACGAAUGCUUCCAGAUUUUCAGAGACUUCUGCACCAGGUUCAACAAGGCAGUUAAGGACAACCAUGAGCGGGAGGAGCAGGAGCGGAAACAGCUACAGAGGCUGAAGGAGCUGGAACAGAAGCGGCAUUCCUGGACGACUGGGGAGCUCGGGGGCUUUGGCAGGAGCAGCAGUGAGAAUGAUGUACAGAUGCUAGCUAAGAAGGGCGCGGAAGACACGCCCUCCUUCCUGAAGCCCAGGCCCAGCAGCCCCUCCUGCCGGCCCCCCAACACCCGUCGCUCCCGCCUCUCCCUGGGCAUGUCUGCUGACCGAGAGCUCUUGACCUUCUUGGAGAGUACCACCGGCACUCCAGAGGACCCCAACAAAUUCAACAGCUUGCCCCGGAGCAGUCCCAGGCUCGCUCGGCCUACCAUCGCCUGGAUGGAGACUAGAGAACAGCAGAAUCAUGACUCUAACUUUACACACGAACCUCAGGUCUCAAAGAACCAGGAGAAGGCCCCUCACCCUGCUUGGCAGAGUCCGACAGCUCUGCUAGAGGAGCCUGCCUGUCCUUUUGCACUGGCUGGGCGGAACAGGGCAGGCACCCUUCGAAAGAGAAACAGUGAACCUGUGGGCUUGGUUCCUGCACAGAGCCCUCCACUCUUACCACUGGAUCUGGGCAUUAGAGAGCAUGAGCUGGUCACAGGGCUGACCCAGUUCGACCUCCAGAGUCCCAAGAGCCCGGAGGAGGCAUCCCAGCUGACUCUGCAUGACUUCUGUCCUACGAAGCUGCAGGCUCCGGGGGAUGCUGGCGAUGAUGAUGGCCUCACACCGGAGGACACGGGUCCCCAGGAGGCUCUCAGCCCCGCUGCAGAGAGUGAGCCGGGCAGAGAGGCCCGCGCGUCUGUGGAUGACACCGACACCGAAGAUAAGGAUCCGGGGCCUCUGUUGUGUGGCUCAGACACCACAGACUGCUCGCUGACUCUGGACUGCUCCGAGGGCACUGACUCCAGACGUGGAGAGGAGCAGGAGGAGGAGAGGGAAGAGGAUGUGUCUGUGUCCUCUCAUGCUGGAGAGGCAGGCAGCGGCCAGGUCUCCUCCAACCCCGCUUCCAGCCCCUCGGGGGAGGUGCCUGCUCCCGAAUCCACUGGAAGUGAUCCCACCUGCCAGGGCAGCCUUCCGAAGGACAGACCCAGCAGAGGGAAAGACGCUGUGGCACCAAAGAGAAAUUCUCUCAAAGAGACAGCACAGGGAGCCUCAAAGCCUGUCGGUGCCCGGCGCAGCCAGGGGGCAUCCAAGCCUGUGCGAACCUUGAACUCCUCCGAGAACGAGCACAUGCGCAAGGUAGUGCCCAUCUCCAAGUCCAGCAGGGGAGCAGGGACCUGGAAGCGCCUGGAGCCGGUGCCCAAGGCUUCCCCUCGGGAGACCCCCAGCAGCUCAGACACACUGCUCUCUCGAAGGAGCUCGGUGCGGGGGACCUCUGACACUUCGCCCAGAAGGGCCCACACGAGCGGGUCUGGGGCGGAGGAGCCCAGGCUGCCCCGCUCCAGCGGCAGCAUCAGUGGACGGCCUGGAAAGGACCCCCUGCCGCAGCCCAGGGCCUCAUUCAGGAAGCCUAGUGCCAAGCCCCUCAGAAACAUCCCCAGACAGAAACCCGAAGAACACAAGGUCAGCAGCCCCAACUCGGGAGAUCAUGAGAGCCUCAAGGAAGAGUCCAAGGCUCCUGAGGCCCCGAGUGUCUCUCGAGCCCUCCCCCCAGUCCCAAGCUUUGCUCGGAACACUGUGGCCUCCUCCUCCCGGUCCAUGCGUCCUGAGGCUCCGCCUGCGGCCAGAGGUGCUGGCAUCACCAGGACAGCCUCACAGAGGCAGCUUAGGGUCAAAGGCAGCCCCGAGGAUUCUGCCUCCAAGGGCAGUGGCACUUUGAAGAGGGCCAGCAGCGCCCGAGCCUCCAAGAAGGGCCCGGAGUCUGCUGCUGCGGGUGUAAGUGCCCAUGCGGAAACCCCAGUGAAGGCCAGAGGGACUACAGAAAGGUCCUCCCUCAGGCUGAAGGACUCCGGUCGGGCCACCCUGGGGCGGCUCCUCCAUCCCCUGCAGAAGUGAUGAGGGCGGCCUGUCUGAAUCUCUGCCUCUUCUGGGUUUUAGCGGCCAGGACUGGCCCCUGGAGGGAGGACACAGAGGCCAGUCGUUAGUGUCUUGUUACACAUCAAGCCAGUGCCUCCUGCUAAAGGUCACGUCACUAAAGGUGCACGGAGAUUACAGCCUGCCGUGCAGACUUCCGCUUCGAAAGCAAAGCUGAUUCGAAAGAAUCAAAGCUGGUUCUUAUUUUGCUGGACUUCGCCAGGCCCCAGCACCUCCUGCCGUUCGUACUCAGGACCCUAACCCCAGCUCCUGCCCCAAGACAAAGUUCCAGUGAUAGUCUGGACAUGUAAGAUGACAGUUCUUAUGUAACAAGUAAAAAGAACAUUUCUGGCCAGUUUUUAUAUAUCAAAGACUUAUUUUUUAAUAUUAUAAAAAUAAAAUG